AUGGCGAACGAACAGAUCUCCCUGCCGUAUCUGAUCGUGAUACUGUUGCUCACGGCGUUUGUGAUACGUUUCCUCUUCUUCUCGCCGUCCCCGCCCCCCUCGGCCUCGGUGUCCCGGCAGAGCACGCAGUCGGUCCUGCGCACGCGCGAGGCGGCGGUUGAGAGGAUACAGCAGAUGUUCCCUCAGGUGGACCGGAGAACGAUUCUUUGGGACCUGCAGAGAAAUGGUGGCAACAUCCAGGCUACGUCUGAGAGGAUCUUGGCGGGACGCAUGGAGCAGCCCCCUGUCACGUUCCAACCCCCUCCGCCGCCGGGAACCAGCCCGGCGGCGGCCAGCGCCGCGACCGCAGCGGCAUCCAAGGCGGCCGAGAAGCCUACGCAGCCGGAUCUGAUUACGAGAUAUAAGCUGCAGAGCAAGAUCGCACAACAGCAAGCGGCGGAGGCGGCGACCGAGGCGGAAAAGGAGAAGAGCAGCAAGGGUUGGAGCUCGAACCGCGACGAGAGGCAGACGCUGCUGCAGAAGAGGAGGGACGAGAUGAUUCUUGCGGCGCGGAGGAAGAUGGAGGCCAAGAUUGCCGCGGAGAAGGCCUCGAGCUAG